AUGCGACUCCCCCACGAGUCGGUCCCGGCAGAGGAGAGCCUGGCCCUGAUCGACAGACACCCAGGCUCAAGACCGGGCACUGCGGGGAACCCCGACGCCCCGGCCGGGUCCAGCACGCCUCCCCUCCCUGCCCCCCGCUCGCUUGCCUCGCCACCACUGCUGCCCCUGCACCAGCCCCAUCCCGGCCAGCCUCCGACGCAGGCCUUCACCGCCACCCGGGACUCGCACGUAUCCCUGACACCGGACCUCGAGUCGCUGCACGACGCGGACUCCCUCUCGGAGGAGGACCUCGACCCCGGUCAAAGCCCCCCCUUUCGUCGGCCGACCUUCGACCACCCGUCGGAUCUGACACACCUCAAGCAGGCCAUCCACAAAGCCCAGGCCCAGCAGCACCCCCUCGGCCAGCGCCCGCCCCCCUACCAUCACCCGCCCCGGGCUCGACCGGUUGCCAACCUCGCCCCCGCUGCUUCCCCUCCCCGGUGGUCAGCCUCCCCGUCGGUUCUCGCGUCGCUGCUGGCUCCGGCCUCCCGGCGGCCCUCCCCCUCCUCGCCGGACUUAGACAGCUCGGGCACCGAUCCGGAGAACGCCUCGGACUCGGCCACGGCUUCGCCCUUUUCCCCCUCCUCCAGCCAGCGGCACCACUCUCGCCGAGGGAACUCGUCGCUUCUGUCCUUCUGGAAUCAGCUCACCACCCGGGCCUUCUCCUACGCCAUUGGUGAUCUGUACUACCCGCCGGACAGCGAGCGUGACAUGAACGCCUACUACGACCAAUCGUACUACGCCGAAGCGCCCCACCUGGCCGGCGCGGCCGGGCCCAGCAUCAACGACCCGAGCACCAGCGGCCAUGAGGGCAACUACCCCAGCUAUCUCCCGCACCUGCCGUCCUCCUACUACUCUUCGCUCUACCAGGCCGACGGGUCCGACUAUGACGAGUCCAGUGACAUGGACGGGCUCCUGGCCAACAGCCACACGAGCCCCGCGCAGAUGGGUCUCUCGGGCACGGGUGCCGGCGCGGGCGCCGGCGCCUCCCAGGCCCCCGGAGCGUCGGGCGCCUCCCCCUGGCUUAGCGCCAAGCCGCCCGUGGUCCCCUCGUCGUUGGAUGUCCCCCCGCCGACUCAGCAGCUGUAUGGCGUCAUGGGAAGCACGCGGCGCGACCAGCACCCAUCCGGCACGCCGGGCAACGUGACGUUCGAUGACGGGACUCCCUUCAGCCCGAUCCCGAACAUGAUCUUCAUCCUGCUGGAACUGGCGCUCCUGUCGGUCCAUAUUGCGGCCAUCUUCGUGGAGCCCUUCGACCCGGAGUCCUGGUUCCCGGCCCCGCUGCACAUUGGUGGCUACAUUCCGGAGGCUGCGAGCGGCGUGCUGGCCUCCGCCGGUGAUACCAUCUACAGUGCGCUGUUCCGCUCGCGUGUGGCCCUGCAGCUGAUCAUCACCCUGGCGGUGGUCCUGCUCGACCAGAUCAAUCGCUACCUCUUCCGGAAUGCCCGGUCUCAGGGCUACCUCCGGUUCUUCCGCUCGACAAAUGCCCUCUCCCGGGUGCCGACCAUCCUCUAUGCCUUUGGCUGUGCCAGCCUCCUGCUUCUGUAUGCCUUUUCGGUCCCGGCGCCGUCGGCUACCCCCCCGCCUCCAGAGGCUGGGAGCCUGGUAGCUGCGACGGUAGCCGCCGCCGCCGCCGACUCCACUGCCUCGCCCAUCGGUGCUCUUCUGUCGGAGGAGUGGCCGAUGGUGUAUAUCCGGGCGCUGACCGUGGCGGAGGCCGGUCUUUCGGUUGUGGCCCUGCUGGUCCUCUUGUUCCGGACUGAGUGGUUCCGCCGCCAGCGUGCGGCGCCUGACGCCACGGCUGACUUGAUGCUCCCCUCCUUCAUGUCGAAGAAUGUUGGCCCCGGCUCCGGUGCUGCCACCGCCGGGCCUAGCUCCGCGCCAGAUGACAGCAUCGUCGACCGGCAGGCCGACAUGAUUCGCUUCCUGCAUGAUCAGCGCUCGUCUCUGCUGAUGCGGGUGAUGGAGCUCUCCGAGCGCCUGCGACAGUUCGAUGACUCGGUCGCCGGGGCCCAUGCCGACACCACGGCCGACGUGGCCGGGGAGGUGGACGAUCUACGCAAUCGCCUGUAUCAGGCACAAGACCUGCUGAAUGCCUCGCGCAAGCAGCAGAUCGAAGCCGAAACGAACUUCCAACGUGCCGUGGCACAGAAUGACCUCCUCAAUAAGGAGCUGCAGCAGCUCCGUCAGCGCCUGUCCACCUCAUCGACAAAGUCGUGACGGAGGGGGAACCUCGCAACGGGCGCGUGCGUGCCACCCGGAGGAUAGCCUUCCCCCGCUGCUGCGGCGAUAUGCCCAUUGGCAUUUCCACAAUAAAGAAACAAACCUUCGA